GUACUGGUUAACUUUGAGGUCUCGGGGCAGUUGCGAUGAGAUAAGUCACCUUUCUCUAUCGAUGGAGAAGUGCAGUCGUUCAUUGAUUCUUUGAUAAUCAACAUAUACCUAGCAUUUAUAAAACUAGUCAGUAUUGGUACUACCUGAGAAAAAACCUAUUCUACUACUCGUCUCUCUGCAUAAAAAAGGUAAAAUGCAGAUACGUGAGAAAACUUCAUUGAUAACAGGAGGAGCCAAUGGGAUAGGUUUUCUCUAUGCACAUGAAUUACUUCGCCAUGAUGCAAAAUGCGUUUAUAUCAUGGAUUUGGACAAUGGGGAUGGAAAAGAAGCUGUGCAAAAAUUGGAAGCCGAAUUUGGCAAAGGCCGUGCUCGAUUUUUUCCCUGUGAUGUAACAAACUCGGAGCAUUUUACUGAUAACUUCCAGGCAGUGAUUGACACAUGUGGCCAACUUGACAUUCUUAUAAACAAUGCUGGUAUCAUGGAUGAUUCACGUUGGGAUUUUAUGAUCGACUUAAAUUUUAAAGCUCUAGUCAGAGGAAGCCUUUUAGCCAUGGAUCAUAUGGGAAAACACAAUGGUGGAAAUGGCGGAACUAUAGUGAAUGUAUCUUCAAUCGUUGGUUUGACACCAACUCCUUUCUUUUCCAUAUAUUCCGGAACGAAGCAUGCUGUUGUUGGUUUCAGUCUAGGUCUGAGGGGUUCAUAUGAGAAAACUGGAGUACGCGUCUUGGUGAUGUGUCCUGGGAUAACAAAGACACCGCUUAUCACAGAAUGCUCAGAUAAAACUUUGGAGUUCGUGCAAAAAGAGGAUCUUAUUAAUGGCUUAGAGAAAUCCAUUCUGCAAGCGCCGGAAAAGGUGGCAUCUGCGAUGAUAGAUCUAAUUGAGAUGGGUGAAAAUGGUGCAGUUUGGGUGGCAGAGUGCAACGAACCACCGUAUGCUAUCGAAACACCUCACUACUCAGCACACCGCAAGCCAAUAUAACUCUGGAAAAAAUUGAUUUAAAUCUGCAUAUAAAAAUAUAACUUGAUAUAGCUGUAUUUUAUUUUAUAUGUGUUCUAAACUUGGAAUAUAUUUCCACUUAUUUCUCAUUCAAAUUUUUGUGGAGCUACGCUGAAACAUGUAUUAUAUAA